GAUGCGGAUGGCGUCACCUCCCAUUUCCUUUUUCUCUCCCGUUUUCCUUUUCCCAGAAAUCAGGGGAGCUGGUUGCUGUGAAGGUCUUUAAUAACGCCAGCUACCUCCGGCCCCAGGAGGUCCAAAUGAGAGAGUUCGAGAUGCUGAGGAAGCUGAACCAUAAAAACAUUGUCAAGUUAUUUGCUGUGGAGGAGAUGGGCAGCAGCAAGCAGAAGGUGCUGGUGAUGGAGUACUGCUCGAGCGGCAGCUUGCUGAACGUGCUGGAAGACCCGGCGAACGCCUUCGGCUUGGCUGAGUCCGAGUUCCUCAUCGUGCUGCAGUGCGUGGUGGCAGGGAUGAACCACCUCCGUGAGAACGGCGUUGUCCACAGGGACAUCAAACCCGGCAACAUCAUGCGGCUGAUGGGGGAAGACGGGCAGAGCAUCUAUAAACUGACGGAUUUUGGGGCCGCCCGAGAGCUGGAUGAUGAUGAAAAGUUUGUGUCCGUCUACGGGACGGAGGAAUAUCUCCACCCAGACAUGUACGAGCGAGCGGUCCUGCGCAAGCCACAGCAGAAGGCGUACGGCGUCACCGUCGACCUCUGGAGCAUUGGUGUCACCUUCUACCACGCUGCCACCGGCAGUCUCCCCUUCGUCCCCUUUGGGGGACCUCGCAAGAACAAGGAGAUCAUGUAUAAAAUUACCACUGAGAAGCCUCCCGGAGCCAUUGCCGGGGUGCAGAGGCAGGAGAAUGGGAGCAUCGAGUGGAGCUACGAGCUGCCCGUCACCUGCCAGCUCUCCGCGGGGCUGAAGGACCAGCUGAUACCCAUUUUGGCUAACAUCCUGGAGGUGGAUCAGGAGAAAUGUUGGGGAUUUGACCAGUUUUUCGCAGAAACCAAUGACAUUUUGCACAGGAUUGUGGUUGAUGUCUUCUCCCUGCAGCAGGCUUCCUUGCAUCGCAUCUACAUCCACGCCUACAACACUACCACCAAGUUUUUAGACGCUGUCUUCAAGCAAACAAAUAUAGUCCCUCACCAUCAAGAAUAUUUCUUUGAAGGUCAUCUGUAUGAGUUGGAUCCUAAUCUACAAGCUCAUAAUUUCUGCAAAACCACAGAGCACAACCCUCUGACCUUGCUGAGCUCCGCUGAGCAACCAGAAGACGUGGUAGGAGUCAGAUACAGAGACCCGGCACUUGAGUUUCCCAAGUUUGUCCCCAAGGUGGAUGUGGUGGCCGAUUGCAGCGCAGCCAAGAGUGCGGUGGGUGCCGCGCACCAGACGCUGCGGAUCGCCCAGGCCCUGCGGCGCUGCCGGGAGCUGCUGGUGAGAGGUCUCCACUGGGUGAUCGGGAACCUGAAAACGGAGUGCUCGAGGAUUUUGGAGCAGAGGAGAGGGGCGCUCUCGGUGCUCAGCUGCCUGCAGCUCACUGAGGUGAAGACCCGCGUGCUGUACGAGGCUGUUCCUGCGGGCAGCAGGGUGCCGGCUCUGAAGGACGUGGCCGUGGUGAAGCCCAGGCUGCAGCGGGUCGCCGAGGAGCUCUCUCAGUGCUCCCACAACAUCUUUGACUUUCAAGGGGCUCUGGAUGGCAUUUUGUCCGAUCUGGUGAAGCACAGGCAACAAGUCCAUGAAGACAAAAGCAUCCGGCAGAUCGAGUGCUGCCUGGAGAAGAUGCAGCUGAUCUACAAGCAGUUCAAGAAGGCCAGGACCUGUCUGCGGCUGGGCUACAAUGAGGAACAAAUACACAAGCUGGAUAAGGUGAAUUUAGGGCAUCUGGCCAGGAAGGUCCUGUUGAUUUUCCAGGAGGACUGUGUCCAGCGGUACCAGGAGGCCCUGACGCUCCAUGGCAGCAGGAUGAGGAAAGUUUGUGAGAUAAAGAAGCAUUUGAAGAAGCUCAGCAACCGCAUCAGCGCCUGCAGCGUGGAGGCGAUGGAGUGCCAGGACAGCCUGCAGAGCGCUCUGGACAGGUUUCUGCAGACAGAAAAACGGAGUUUGGCCCCAGUUCUUCCCACGCCCUCCCUCGCCCACCUGAGCCAGGCACGCCAGGAGAUGGCUUUCCGGAUGCAGGAGCUCCUGGAGCAGCUGAAGUCGGUAACUUGUGAUCUCCAGUUCAACAACAGCAUCAUCGAGCGGUUAAGCGGGGCUGCCCCUACUCCUGGUAUUUGAGAGCCGUGGUGACUUUGCAGCAGGGAGCACUUACAGCACUUUGGGUCCAGAGCGAUGGAGACGUUUGACGCUCGUGUUUGAGGAGCUCUCUGUGUCCUACCUCUCCGCGCCAGCACUUUUGCACAGUUCACCAGCAUUAGCUUUGAGUGGCUUGCAAGCCUUGAGCCUUUGAAAGUUUGACCGAAAAAUGGGGUGGUUUUUAGG